CUGUCAUUAAAAGGAUCCACAUCUCUCUGCGAUAUUGUGUGUAAUCUCUCAGAAUUAUUUGUAUUUUGCAUCGUUGACAUAUGGUCGCUAGAGAGAGUGUGAGACGUGGGACUUGAGAAAAUCGCAAAUUACGAGAUUAUGGAGAAACAUAUAAAGUCGCUAUUGGAGGAAAAUGGCAAAUCACAGUUGUUUGGUAUACUGGUUGCUGUGUUUGCUAUUAUUGUAACGUUAGUUUUAUUUGCAUUCUGGCGCAAAAGAAGGGGGGCAGGUCAUAAUAUCCUUUUAACAGGUCUCAGUGAUAGUGGGAAAACAUUGGUCUAUGCGAGAUUAUUAUGUUCUAAAUUUGUCAAGACAUAUACAUCUGUUAAGGAAAAUGUAGGAGAUAUUGCAAUCAAUAAUAGUUCUCUGAGAAUAGUGGAUAUUCCUGGAGAUGAGCGACUGCGCAGCAAGUACUUUGAAAAGUACAAAUCAUCUGCCAGAGGUCUGGUUUAUGUGAUUGAUUCAGUGACUAUUCAGAAGGAGAUUAGAGAUGCAGCUGAAUAUCUGUAUAAUGUGUUAUCAGAUUCUAAUAUACAGAGAGUUCCCAUUCUUAUAUUAUGUAAUAAACAGGAUCAAACUAUGGCCAAGGGAUGCAUGGUGAUAAGAGCAAUGUUAGAAAAGGAAAUAAAUCUGCUACGAAUGACAAAGACUAGUCAGUUAGAAGCCACAGAUGCAUCUUCAGCCAAUGUCUUCCUAGGAAAACAGGGAAAAGAUUUCGAAUUUUCUCAUUUGGAUUCACACAUUGAUUUUGCAGAAUCAUAUGCAUUUAAUAAAGAUUCUCAAACAUCAGCCGAUAUCGAGGAACUUAACAAGUGGUUACAUAAGAUUAUCUAAUAAUGUAAACCAGAUUUUGUUAAAUAUAAAUUAUUCGUUUGUAAACAA